AUGGUGGGUAGAUUAUCUGGGCGUAGUAUUAGUGACGUUCGGCCGGGCCCGACCCGGUCUGCCAGUGUUCCUCGUGCGUUGGCCAGGACAGAUACGAUCCAAAGCCCCGGAGCGAUCGGUUCUCGCACGAGUCUGAUGUCCUCGUCUGUAUCGGCUGCGGCACUGGCGGAAGACUCGCUCGAUCCAGCAGAGGUGCGGAGCUCGACGACUAACCCAGAGUGCUCGCCUCCCGAGGGCGGUGGAUAUGUGUGUGCGGAGUGGAACGAUAGGAGCUGUUCGUUGUCACCGCCGAAGUGUGUGGGAAGGUGGGGUGUGGAGCUGCAGGGGGCGACGGAUGGCUCGGCGGUGCCGGCGGACAACUACUUCUCAGAAGAGUCUCCUGCCGAGGGACCUGUAUCCGUCGACCGUCCGCUCCCUCCGUCUGCCUUCCCGGCAGAGGGCGGCGCGCUCUCGGCAGAGGGCGGCGCGCUCUCGGCAGAGGGUGGGGCACUCUCGGCAGAGGGUGGCGCGCUCUCGGCAGAGGCGGCCGAGUGUCCCUCGGUCGGGGCUGGCAUGGCGGGGGUCUCGGCCCAGUGGACGCAGCACUCCCCGCUGACCGACAGCGUGCAGGUCACCGAGCGGACGCUGGACCUGCCUGGCCUACCGGCUUCCCGUGCGCGCCACGUGGACACCAACGGACGCUACCUGGUGGCCAAGGCGGCCACGGCCGCCACGCUACUCGUCUGGAGACUGGAGGAGGAAAACGGAGCGGUCACAGCGCACGCUCAGCGGAGCAUCCCGCUGGUCCAUCCCCGUGUGGAAUGCCUGUCACUACAGGACGACUGCGGACACCUGCUGGUCACCUGCUCACGCACCAUUCUACUCUGGGACCUGGCCGAGCCGGGCAGGCCCGCAGUGACUCUGGGCGAGGAUUUCUCGGGUGUAUCGUGCUGCCACCUGUCGGCCGGCGGAGAGGCUGCAGUUGCCGGCGGCGCCGCGGUGCUGGCGCUGGGUGUCGCCCACUCUGUGUGGCUGCUCGACACGGCGCGCGUGCGACGCCUGGCGACCUUGCGCGGCCACCGCUGUGACGUCAGCAGCGUCACUGUCGACGGCGGCUUGUGUACGGCCGGCAGCGAGGCCGGUCAUCUCCAGGUCUGGGAGCUGACCGGGUACACGCUGCUCUACAGCUGCCACUCGACUGCGGCACGGCCGGUCGGCGCCGUCGCCGUGACCGCUGACCUGCUGGCCUCCGGCUGCGGCUCGCUGGUCUCUGCGGCGGCGCAGGUGGCCGGUCGGCGCUGGACAGAUGUGACCACCACCCCGCUGGACAGGGUCGGCGCGGCCUGCGGCGGCCGCGGCAGCCCGCAGCCCGAGUGUGCUGUGCUGGCCGUGCGCUUCUGGCAGCGGCCGAGCGGGGCUCUCUUCGGUCCCGACCGGCUGCUGGUGGUCGUCACCACGGACGGUCUGCGCGUGCUCAACACCCGUACCUGGCUGCCGCUGUACGCGGUCAACGGGACGGGCGACGGUGAGCCGUGGGGCGGUAGUUCGGCCGCUGUGACACCAGGCGGCGCUGCGGUCGUCUGCUGCCGCAGUGCCCUCGAGGGCCACGUCUCGGCCUUCUGCCUGACCGUCCGGUCGGGCACUGACGAGGCUGGAGACCCCGCCGACCGACUCCGGACGCUCUCCAUCGUGUGCCGUGAUCCACUGCCGGCCCGGUCCGUGCUGCGUGCCCGGCUGCCGCGCGCCGCGCCCGCCCAGCCCGCCCCCAGUCGGGUGCGCUCGUCGGGGUAUGGUGCUGCGCCGCGCCGGGCCAUGUUCCAGCCCAGGACGAACGCCACCCGCUCACGGACGGCCAAGCAGACCGCUGCCUCGAAGUCGUCCCUGUCCAGCCUGCCAACCGCGGCACAGAGGCCCGCUAAGUCACGUGACCGGCAUCUGGACCGUCCGGCUCCUAAAUACGAGUGUCACGUGAGCCCGCCGCCGGUCGGCAGCCGUCCGGUGCGGAUCCUCCGCUCGGGAGAUACGCUGCUCAGGAUUGCACUGUCAGGCAGCGGUCGCCACGUCGCCUGCGCCAGCCAGCAGGGCGGCUCGCUGGAGGUGGCCCGACUGCAGCAGCUGGAGGCGACUCAGGGACAGUUUCUGCUGGGCACGCAGGGCGCCAUCACCUCCGUGGCGUGGAGCCUGAGCGGCCGCCGGCUGGCGGCCUCCUCGGCGGCCGGGGUGCAGCUGUGGUCGUUCCCAGAGGGGGAGCCGUGCGGCCGCCGGCCCGCCGGCUCCCACCCGUACACGGCCGCCCAGUUCUUCUUCACGGACGGCUUUCUGCUGGCCAGUCGCGGCGACACGGUGGAGCUGAGUCGCCUGCCGCCGGAGGGCGCCGCCGGAGGCCGCGGCCGGGGGGCCGGCCCGCUGCGGUCGGCGCUGCAGUGCCGGCUGCCCUGUCGAGAGGUGCUGCACGUCACCAGCGGCUGCCAGCUGCGCUCCGCGCUGGCCGUGGCCUGCUGCUCGGACCGCGCGCUGCGCCUCAUCGACAUGCAGACGGGCCGCGUGGCGCUGACGCUGGCGGACGCACACCGGCGGCCGGCGCACGUGGCGCGCCUCUGCGAGGGCUCGCCGCACCUGCCGGCCGCGCUGCCGCUCUACGACCUGAUCGGCUCGGCGGCCGUCGGCGACGGCGUGCGUCUGUGGGACGCGCGCUGCGGCCGGCUGGCGGCCCGGCUGCCGGCCGCCGAGCUGCGCGCCCUGCCGGCCGGCUUCCAGUUCAGCCCGUGCGGCCGGCUGGUGGCGCUGGGCUCGGACGCCGCCCACCUGUGGCUGUGGGACGUGCGCUCUGGCCGCGGCCCGCUGGCCCGCCUGCGCGCCGCCGCCGCCGGCGUCACAGACGUGGCGUUCCUGCCGCGCCGGCCCGGCCUGGUGGCGGCGCUGCUCGACGGCCGCCUGCAGACGUGGCCGCUCGACGGGGGUCGGACGGAGUGACCCCGACGGCAGCGCAGCGGAUACUCGGGGACCGAGGGCGUGUGUGUGAUACAGGUGUAAUAUAGGCGGAUGGAUAAUCAUGACUGACGCGUUAUUUAUUGUGCUGCUGUGAGACUCGGUUCCGCCAGGCGUGAGCUGCACAGGAAGACUAGGAGCAUGCAUUGCAAGAAGUGAUGAGAUGAUUGAUGAAGUCCUGUCAACGAAGGUAGUGAUCACGGCAUUAUAAUUAUUUGCACAUAGUAUUUGAUCUCAGUCUCACUUAGCUGGUGUUCAAUGUUCAUUUGUAAUCAUUCACCCGUGUUGCCUUCAUGAAGACAAUGUCGGUAUUUGUCACCUUAUCGAGCCGUUCAAACUCGCUUUAUGUAAAACCAAUAAAGGCAUUUUGAUUGAC